UUCAACUUGGUACAUCACUAUUACGUCAAAAUUUGCAAAAAAACUUCAAGCUGUUCGACCAAGUUGAAGAGUGCGAAAUUGUUUUAGGUUAGCGAAUAAACAAAAGCUCUUAAAUAUUUUAGCAUUAUCAUUGCCGGGCGGCUGAGACGAUCAUGAGCACAGUGCGUGUUUAACAAAAAUAGACUUUUGUACAUUUUUAUGUAUCGUGACGUGUUAUCAGGGCUAACGUAGUUUAUACAAUUGUUGCCGAGUUAAACAUUACAGUAUUCUCUCAGAAAAAUUGUGUUGUGACAAAUAAAACACUGUAAUGUUUAAAUCUUUGUUGAGCUCGGUAAUCACUCAGGCCAGCUGUCAAGAGGGGGCUGGUUAUUUAAAGCGGGCGGACACAGAUCGUCUACAUGAGAUAUUCCUAAAAUUCGCCACCGUCGACAGGAACGGUGAGAGAUUCAUCACCAGUGAAGAUUUUGUACGCAAGUUUUUAGGAUUAUUCGAAGAAGAUGACUACAAUGCAGAGUCAGUCAAGCUCAUCGCGGGCAUCGUGGACAUGGACAAAGAUGGCUACAUCUCGUUCUCGGAGUUCCAGGCGUUUGAGGGCCUGCUCUGCGUACCCGAUGCGCUGUACAAGACCGCCUUCCAACUCUUCGAUACUAAUGGCAAUGGACUCGUCGCUUUUGACGAGUUUGCGGAGGUCAUGCGAAAGACGGCCCUUCAUCAAAAACUCCCAUUCAACAUGGAGAGUACGUUCGUCCGUUUGUACUUCGGUAAGGACAAGAAGAGAUUGGUAACGUAUCCUGAGUUCAGCCAAUUUCUCCACGACUUCCACGAAGAGUACGGAGUGGAAGCCUUCAAGAAGUGCGACAAAGAUGGAACAGGUUUUAUCAGCGCCGGAGACUUCAGAGAUAUCAUGCUGUCUGUCAAGAAACAUCUUCUGACUAAAGAGUUGAAUUCUAAAGUUAUUAAUGCUUCGGGCUUCCCACACGGAGAACGCAAGAUCAGUUUCCCCUACUACAUGGCUUUCAAUUCCCUUCUUAACAACAUGGAGCUGAUCAAGCGAGUCUACCUUAACGCUACCAAUGGUACUCGAACGCAAGAAGUAACGAAGGAAGAGUUCUUACAUUCAGCUCAGAUGAUGUCACAGAUCACGCCCCUAGAAGUCGAUAUAUUGUUCACUCUGUGUGAUAUGAUACAUCACACUAACGGUCGAAUUGUAUACAAUGAUCUCAACUCCAUCACACCAGAACAGUACUUCAAACAAGUAACGCGGCGCGUCGCAGAAAUCAAGGCUGUCUCCAGUCCGGAAGAAAGAGGCGUGUUGAUACAAAUAUUGGAGAGCACUUACAGAUUCACCCUCGGUUCUGUCGCUGGUGCCGUCGGUGCUUCAGCGGUAUACCCCAUCGACUUAGUUAAAACCCGUAUGCAGAACCAACGUACAGGCUCAUUCAUUGGUGAAGUGGCGUAUAGAAACUCCUGGGACUGUUUCAAGAAGGUCAUUCGGCAUGAAGGAAUCUUCGGCUUAUACAGAGGAUUAGUACCACAAUUGAUUGGAGUGGCCCCCGAGAAAGCUAUUAAAUUGACGGUCAAUGACUUCGUUCGUGACAAAUUCACAGAUAAAAAGGGAAAUAUAUCAAUGUACGCAGAGAUCCUGGCUGGUGGUUGUGCCGGUGGCUCACAAGUAGUGUUCACAAAUCCUCUAGAAAUUGUAAAGAUUCGUUUGCAAGUGGCUGGUGAAAUCGCUGGUGGGUCCAAAGUAAGGGCGUGGUCUGUUGUAAAGGACCUUGGCCUUUUCGGCCUCUACAAGGGGGCGAAGGCCUGUCUGUUAAGAGAUGUGCCUUUCAGCGCUAUCUACUUCCCAGCUUAUGCUCAUGUUAAGGCUAAAUUCGCGGAUGAGAACGGCUACAACCACCCCCUGACGCUGUUAGCGGCCGGUGCCAUCGCCGGCAUCCCCGCCGCCUCGCUCGUCACACCCGCAGACGUCAUCAAGACUCGUUUGCAGGUGGUAGCUCGAUCAGGACAGACGACGUAUUCAGGCGUAAUAGACGCGGCGCGCAAGAUUUACGCGGAGGAAGGCGCGCGCGCAUUCUGGAAGGGAGCCGUCGCCCGAGUGUUCCGGUCUUCACCACAGUUCGGUGUAACACUCGUCACUUAUGAAAUUCUCCAGCGUUUGUUCUUCGUCGAUUUCGGAGGAUCACGUCCAGCCGGUUCAGAGUUACACGUGGCGACACCUAUCGAGGAAUCUGUGAAGAAACCACAUCACAUUGGCGGCUACCAGGUGGCGCUGCCAGUGCUAACGGGAUUGGAGACCAAGUUCGGUAUCUCAUUGCCUCGCUGGUCUGCGCCCAAACCUGCGCCGGCGCCGCAGUAGUAUAAUAGUAAGGAUUGAAGAUGCACGUAGAUAUUUUUAAUAUUCAGAAAUUGACACUCGCGU